AUGGCUGAAAGUCAGGAGAUGACUUCCACCGAGGGGAUGUCUGCUGCCGACACAUAUCCCAGAAAAAUAAUGGAAUACAUGGAAGGAUUUCUUGUCUCAAAGACUCUGUUCACAGCCUGUGAGCUGGGUGUUUUCGAUGUGCUGCUGGCUGCUGAGCGCCCCCUGUCUGUGGAGGAGAUAAGUCAGGCGGUGGGAGCCAGUCUGGAUGGCACAGAGAGGCUGCUGGCCGCCUGCAGGGGCCUUCAGCUGCUCAACACACACCAGGACGAUGGACGAGUGCUUUACAGUAACACAGAGCAGGCCAGAGUCUACCUGACCCGCUCCAGUCCUGUAUCUCUCUUCCAGUCCAUCCAGUACAGCUCCAGAACCAUCUACUUCUGCUGGCACUACCUGACCGACGCUGUCAGGGAAGGAACAAACCAGUAUGAAAAGGCUUUUGGAGUCGGCUCGAAGGACCUGUUUGAAGCUCUCUACAGGUGUGACGAGGAGAUGGUGAAAUUCAUGCAGCUAAUGAACUCCAUUUGGAACAUCUGCGGUAAAGAUGUGGUCACAGCAUUUGACCUUUCGCCUUUCAAGGUUAUCUGCGACCUCGGAGGCUGCAGUGGAGCAUUAGCCAAACAGUGCACGUCAGCCUACCCAGAAUGCACUGUAACGAUCUUUGACCUCCCCAAGGUAGUGCGUACGUCAAGGGAACACUUUGUCAGCGAGGACGACCUGAGGAUAAGUUUCCACCAAGGGGACUUUUUCAAAGACCCCCUGCCAGAGGCUGACCUCUACGUCCUUGCCAGAAUCCUCCACGAUUGGACAGACGAACGCUGCAUAGAGCUUCUCAGUAAAGUCUAUGAAGCCUGCAAACCAGGAGGCGGUGUAUUGGUGGUGGAGGCGUUGCUCCAUGAGGACGGCUCUGGCCCGCUAACAGCGCAGCUCUACUCCCUGAACAUGCUGGUGCAGACGGAGGGCAGGGAGAGGACAGCUGCCCAGUACGCCGCCCUGCUGGCAGCUGCCGGCUUCACCGACAUCCAGCAUCGUCUGACCGGGAAGAUCUACGACGCUGUGCUGGGACACAAAAAGACAUAAGAGCCCAAACCUCUGCUACUUGUGAGCCGCGGCAGAAAGGUCAUGUCAACACUGUUACUAUUUGUGCACUUUGUUAGGCUUUUGUAAGAUUUCACCACAAGCUUCUACAAAUAACAAAAUAAUAAAAAUGCUGUUUAACACUCUGACAAUAUUCUAGUAUUCUUAAACUUUUGUACAUGCUGUUUAGAUUAUUGUAAAAUGCUCAAAUACAAAGUCAAUUUUAACUGCUCAAUUUUACGAUACUGUAUAUUCAGAAUAAAUGUGCAUCAUUUUAGUGUGAUAAAACAAAUCACUGACAACAAAAUGGCAUCCACUGCAACAAUGUGAUAAGAGUUAUUAAAGCAGCAGAAGCCUCAUUACCGCAUAAGGGAAUUCCCUGAACUGUGUCUCACAAAAUUGUAUGAUCUACUACAAAUCAUAAUCUUGGAGAAAAACAAUAAAAUGUAAAAAGUUUAA